GUGGGAAAAAAUGUAUCAUUUUAGUCUAAUCGCUAUUUUUGAAAAGCAUUUCUCUUCUUUUAUUUUUUUUUUCUUCUUCUUCUCCUCCAAUAAUAACCAAUUCGGCUUUAGCUACAUUCAGAAAAAGUCUUGAUGGAUCAUCUAGAUUGAAAUGAAUAGAGUCAUUAGACUAUUUGCUUCUGAUUUACAUAAAGAAUAUUAAAAGAAAUUCAAACAUAUUAAAAUUGUUAAUUCAUCAAAAUUUUAUUUGUUUGAAAUGUUGAAUCAACAACAAAACAAAACGAAAUAGUUGACGUUUGAUUUUGAUUUUUAUUAUUUUUUUUGUUAUCAACAUGAAUAAUCAUAAUAAGAAAGUAUUUUUCAAAAAAAUUAAUGAGCUCUAAAUGAAACAUAUUUCACUCAAUCUAUUGUACUACUUUUUAAGAUGACAUCCUUUAGUGUCUCUCUCUCAUCAAUGAGUAUAAAGAAAAAGAACUUAAGUUAACACUCAGAAUGGUAUCAUUAUUAUUCUUUCAUUUUUUUCUAAAUAACAUUGUCAUUGAUUGAUUGUGUAUAUCUCAGCCAUUCCACAUAACUCUACUACCGAAAAGCUGAGUACGUUACCGUGUUUUAGGGAAUUUUUUGAGGAAAUGUCGUGAAGAAUUGCAUAUUCACUCAUUAAAAAGAAGAUUCGAAGUUCAUCAAAAUUGAAUUUAAGAAAACUUCUCAAACUUUUUUAUUCGGACAAUAUCACGAAGAAAAGAGAGACGAAUUUGAUUUUUUGUCAAAAUAGUAUCUUCCAAUGAUCUUGAUAUAUCGUCCGAACAAAAACUUUUCAAGAAUUUGCUUAAAUUCAGUUUUGAAGAACUUCGAUUCUUCUUUUUAAUGAGAGAUUGCAUAACUCUCCACAACUUUUCCUCAAAAAUUUAUAACAUUUUGAAGUUCCUUAAAAACGGUAAUGCAUUCAGCUUUGUGAUAGCUGAGUUACACGAAAUGGCUGAUCUGUGAGUUCUCUCUAUUAGACAUAGAAAUUUCUUUCUAUAAAACUAAAGUUUUAAUUAAGUGAAUAGAAAUAUAGACAUCUACGAUAAGAAUUCCUUUAUCAAAAGGUUUUAUUUUCUUGAGAUACUAUUCUAUAAAAAGUCAGCCUUUUUUCUGAUUAAAAUGAGAUGUUACACACUUCCUCAGGAUGUGAGAAUUGGCUUGAUUAAAAGUUUAUAAUUCUUUGACUUGUAGUCGUAAAAUAUACAACAUAUUGAUGUCACCAUUUUUCGAUAGUAUUUCUUAUGUUUGCAACGUAUACUAUUUAACAAAUUGAUCUUGUUAAAGACAUUUCUUUUGAAAAACCAAAUUUUUUUAAAUUAUAGACAAAACAUAGAACAAUAAGAAGCCAAUUUUCUUUAUUUAGAACAAAUUUGUCAGAUUUUUAAGUAAAAAUACUUCAGCAAUAAAAUAAAAUUUAAAGAUCUGAAUAUUAUCAAUUCCUUCCCUAUUUUAAUAUAAUAAUAAAUCAAAAACAUGUCGACAAUAUCUAAUUGAUAGUAAGAAAAAUUUGUUUAAGAUUUUAUGUUAACUUUUGUUAUGAUGACACCUAGGUGAUUGAUGAUUAGAAAAAAAAGCCUUGAAAAGAAAACAAAUAUUAUCAUUAUUUCUUGACAAGAUCCAUAUCUCUUGAAUUUUUUUAUAUUCAGAUCGAACCUAUUGGGGUCAUAGUUUUUUGAAAGCAAAGAUAUUAAUGAUAUACUUAUCGUCAGAAUGAUGAUGUUUAUCUAACCUUGACAGGGAGUUUAGACCAGGUGUUUGUUUGAUUCAUAAUUAACUAGACCUCCCAGUGCUUGUUUCUGUUGAAAGAAGAAAAAAAACAAACAACAACAGUAUGAAUUGUGAAGAAGAAGAAAAAAAAUGUCAUCGACCAUUUUUCUUUUUUGUUGUUGUUAUUGAUGAUGAUAUAUGAAUCUGGCGGGAGAGAGAAAGAGGAUAUAAAGUAUUUUUUUAUCGUCAAUAUCAAUUAUUAUUAUGUUUCUUUUUUUUGUUUAAUCGUAGUAUAAGUUAUUAUAAAAAAAAAACCUAGUUCAUGAUUGAUUUAACCCACAUUUUUUAACGUUUAAUAUCUGAUAUAAGGAGAGAGAAAAUAUGUGAUCUUAAUCUUAGAUUUUGUUAAAGAAUGAAUAAUUAGCACUAGAAAUAAACAUUAACAUCUUGUUAAUGUCGAAGGAAACAGUUAAAUAUUUCCUUCAUUAUAUGGUCAUAUGGGCUCCUUUUUGUUCUUCUUCUUCUUCUUCUUCUUCUUCUGUUUGUAUACAGAAAAACUAAUUGUACACGUUAUAUCGAUAUGCUUACUUUUUGUAAAGUAAUCAGAAAAUCGAAUAUCUUUAUUGUUUAACUAAUACGGAGUAUACGAAGGAACAUGUUUUGAAUAUAGAAGGAAAAAAAAAUUUGAAUCUAUUUUCUUGAUUAUGAUUUAAGUCAAUUAUAUUUUUGGUUUUGGUUUUGUCUAUUUCUAGACAUUUAUUGAUGAUGUAAGUUUCGAACAAUGUCUGGUGACCUCGAAAUGGCAAAUACAAGUUUUGAUGAAUCGUCUACUAUUCGAUAUCAUCAAUCACCCUCAUCAACAAAUGAUUCAAGAAAAUAUCGUCUAAGACAUUUAUUAACUGAAGUUGAAAAAGAAUUUGAAAAUAUUGUAAUUGAAAAUGUCCAUUUACGAAAAGAAUUAGAACGUUAUACAUCAACAUCAACGGCCGUUAAUCUCAAUAAUAAUAAUAAUAAUCAUCAAAAAGAUAUAGUCAGUCAACAUAUACCUGUUGUUUCAACAGAUGAUCAUCUCAUUAGUUCAUCUAAAAAAUCAUCAAGUAGUGGUUUACGUGCAUCUAAUUUUUUACCAAUGAUACGUAAUCGUGCAAUAUCAAAAUCAAUUGUUAAUACAAUUCGUAAUCAGACAACAAAUGUAAAUCAUUCUCAAGAUCUUUUAUAUUCAUCUUCAAAUGAACAUAAAGACGUUAUUUGGGAUGUACAAUUAUCAUCAUAUUCUCAACAACAACUCUAUUGUUCAGCAUCAGCCGAUUCAACAGCCAUUAUUUGGGCGAGAAAAACAGGUAUAUGUCGUCCAUUGAUUCAAUAUACCGGUCAUACAGGUUCAGUGAAUUCAUGUCGAUUUCAUUCAGAUAUCUCACGAAGUUUGAUUUUAACAUGUUCGGGUGAUCAAGAAUUACACAUAUGGACAUUAGGACAACAAUUUUAUGGUGGUUCAGAUGAACAAGUUGGAUUAGAUGAUUCAUAUGAUAUAUAUGAUGAAUUACAAUCAUCACCACAAAUACAUAAAAUUAGAAGUCCUUUAUUAACGUUAAAAUGUGAUGAUGUUAUAUCAUGUGCCGAUUGGUUACAACAAGAUCAAAUUGUUUCGGCAAGUUGGGAUAGAUCAGCUGUUCUUUGGCAGGUUGAUACUGGAACGCCAAUUCGUACAUUAUACGGUCAUGAUAGUGAAUUAACACAUGUAUGUUGUCAUCAAUCGAAACCAUUUGUUAUUACAUCUUCACGUGAUGCCACAUUUCGUUUAUGGGAUUGUCGUCAACCUGUUCACAGUGUUCAAAUAUUCCACGGUCAUAUAAAAACAGUUAAUUCAGCUCUUUUCAUUGGUAAUGAACGUGUUGUCUCUUCAUCCGAUGAUGAAUUUGUUCAUAUAUGGGAUCAACGAAAUAUUCGUUCAGCUCUAAUUUCAAUUGAUUGUAAUUCACCAUGUAAUCGUCUCUCAUAUGCUCAAGAUCUUAUUGCUGUACCGUUAGAUAAUCGAGAUAUUCGUCUCUAUUCUACACAAGGUGAAAAAUUAUAUGUUCAACGUCGACAACAUUUAAGAGCAGUAGAAUGUACAGCACUUACAGUACAAACAGAUUAUUCACUCUUAUUAAGUGGAUCAUUAGAUCGAAAUAUAAAUGGUUGGAAUAUUAAACGUAUUGUUGAUAAAGUAAAUGAAAAACGAUUUAGAGAAAAAAAAACAUCGGCUAUGGCCACUACAUAUGACUAUUCGACUAUUGAUAAUAAUAAUUUAUCUAAAUCAACAAUUCGUUCACCAGUACAAAUGUUAACUAUCAAUACCAAACAUACACCAUUUUCAAAAUCACUUGAUGAACCGACAACAACAAAUGUUGAAAAUCAAAAAAAUCAUAAUCUUAUAAAAUCAAAAUUAUUAUCGACAACAAAUAAUACGCCAACAUCUUUAUCAACAUCAGAUAUGAAAAAAUUAAGAACUCCAUUACAAGAUAAAACAACAAAUGGAAAUACAUCAACAACAGUAGAGAAAAAAAUGUCUACAAUCACUUCAUCAAUUUCAACAACAAAUACAGAUAAACAAAGAACAACAAAAGACAAAUGA